UCCUCAUUUCGGUUUUAAUAUUAUAUUCGUAUUAAUAUUUCGCUUUUAAUAUUAGCGCGUUUUAACGGCCGAUUCUGAGGUAACCGCCAACUGCACAUCUCAGCGCGAGACGGCUGUUUUAGAUUCAAAGCUGUUGCGUCAGCACGUCACGUCCUCACUUGUCAGAUCUUGAGGAGAUGCGGAGCGGGGAAAACAAUGAAUCAUAUCUGUCUUCGUGGUUUUAGCAAGGUGUAACACAUCCAGUUUUCACUGAGGCGGCAAGUUGAAAGGCUCGCGGUUAGCAGAGAUUACCGCGUCCUGAGGGGGCGCGCGGCUCGUUGAGUUUAAGAUGAGGAGAUGAGAGAAGCGGCAGCUCAUUCACUGUCAGAUGUCCGACACGCCGCGGCACCCUCUGGCUGGAGUUUGAACGAAAUAAAUUGUAAGGACAUAAAAUGGACUGUUUUGGAUAAAGUGUGGACGUUACUACAUCUGUUUUUCCUGGAUUACUUCUGGAUUUCGAGUUGAAUCAUUUUUAGACGAAAAUCAGAAGCGAUGCGAUGCAAGCAAAGGAUAAAGCGACGCUUAAUUUGCGUAUUUUAAACGAAAUGAUCUGACGACAAUGAUCGUGACGCACAGUGUUUUAGGUUCUUCUCACUCAAAUGUGCUGGAGUUUUUUUUUAUAUCGCACGUAAAAUUAUUGUAUUAAAAGCUAUACAAAUUAUAUCAGGAGCCUGUUUUGAGGCUCGUUUUUUAUGAGUUGCUAGAGUUCAUCUUUUGUGAGAUUGUUCUCUGGAAAGGCAUGUUCCCUGGCUCCACGCCGGUUGGAGCAUCUUUGCGGCUCCGGUCGGGAAGGUUUCGCCUGCGCUGGUGCACAUUUGGACCACAGGGGAGAUGAGAACCGCGUUGAUCCUUUUUCUCUUCUGCUGCUUCUACCUGCUUUCAGCAGCCGCUGAGGAAGCGCCGAUUCCCAAAGAACUGAUCGAGAGACUCUCCCACAGCGAGAUCCGCAGCAUCAGCGACCUCCAGCGGAUCCUGGAGAUUGACUUCGUAGAGAAUGAGGUGGUGGAGGAAGUUAAACAACAAGGCCACCACAAGGAGCAUCUUUACGACAACAGACACCUUAAGAAUUCACUUGCACACUCAAGACGCAAGAGAAGCAUUGAGGAGGCAGUGCCGGCUGUUUGUAAGACACGCACGGUGAUCUACGAGAUCCCGCGGAGUCAGGUGGACCCCACCGCCGCCAACUUCCUGAUCUGGCCUCCAUGUGUCGAGGUGAAACGAUGCUCGGGCUGCUGCAACACAAGCAACAUGCGCUGCCAUCCCUCCAAAAAGCAUCACAGGACUGUGAAGGUGGCCAAGGUGGAGUACGUACGCAGACGGCCAAAGCUCCGGGAGGUGCAGGUGCAGCUGGAGGAUCAUCUCGAGUGCGUGUGCACGUCCAAACAUCACUCCGAGUCCCGCAUGCACACGGAUAAAAGGUGAGCGUGGCACUGGAUGAAAGAAAACAGAAGAGGUGAGUGGCAGCCAUCACAUCCAAUCAGAUAACUGGGACAGCACUAUAGCCGCUGAGCGAUAUCAUCUGGAAAAAAAAGCUGCUCAACCUUGAGCAAGACAAGGGGGUCUUUUUGGAUCACUUUGGACUUUUCAUGCACCUUCAGAAGAGACUCACACAGAGACUUUGCUCCUGGAUUAAAAACUAUGCAGAGGAGAAAAGAGACUGCAGUGACAGAAAGUGGAAACAAAAACUUUUGUGAAGCAGACGUUGGGACUUCAAAAUUUGUUUCCACAACUUUUUAAAUGGAGCAACUAUCGCAACUUUAUUUGUAUAUCAAAAUUUAUUUUCUCCAGCAAAUAUUUGUAUUGUCUUAUUUUUUUAUAACUGCCAGUUUUCUAUCAAGGCUGAUUUUCUCGUAUGUACGACGUAGAAUGAACAAGUACAACAAAACACAAACUACAAUAACUGAUACUAAUAAAAUACAUAC